AUGGGCCGUCGCGGAGUCGUGCCGUCACGGGAGCGCGCUGCGCCUGCGCAGGGCCGCAAAGCGGACGGGUCGGGCUUAUUCCCGUCGUCCAAUCAGAGGCGGUGGCUCGGCGAAGGGCGGGGGCGUGGCUCGGCGCCGGGGUGUUUGGAUUCGAAAGAAGGUGGUUUGAAAUUGACUUUUCAGAAGCAGGGACUGUCUCAGAAAAGGCCAUUUGAAAGCGAGGAGGGUGCACUGGGACAGCAGCAAUACCUGGCUCGGCUACGUGAUCUCCAGAAUGCUUCAGAAAUCAGCCUUGUCAACUUCCCAAAAUCGCUUCCUGAAUCAGGUACUUCCAGUCACUUAACCGCCAGCGCCAAUGGAGUGAUAGUUGAUAGUCAACCUGUACUCAAAAAGAGAAGAGGGAGAAGGAAGAACGUGGAAGGAGUUGAUGUCCUCUUUGUAAACAGAAAUAAGCAGCCCAAUCAUGUAAAUCCAGGUAUUAACUCGUGUCAAGUUGCUGCUGGGAUAAACCCAGCACUCAAUUACACGCAGUCUCAAGGCAUGCUUGAUGCAGAGAGUCCAGUUCCUGUUAUUAACCUAAAAGACGGAACGAGGCUGGCAGGUGAUGAUGCUCCCAAAAAGAAAGAUUUAGAAAGGUGGCUGAAGGAACAUCCUGGCUAUGUUGAAGAUUUAGGAGCUUGUAUUCCUAGGAUGCAGCUGCAUGAAGGGAGGCCCAAACAAAAACGACACCGUUGUCGAAACCCUAAUAAACUAGAUGUUAAUAGUUUGACUGGUGAAGAACGUGUCCAGCUCAUAAAUAGAAGAAAUGCAAGAAAGGUGGGGGGUGCAUUUGCUCCUCCUCUGAAGGAUUUGUGCAGGUUCUUGAAAGAAAAUCCGGAGUAUGGAGUGGCUCCUGAAUGGGGAGAAAUUGUAAAACAGUCUGGAUUUCUUCCAGAAGGUAUGUUUGACCGUAUUCUCACCGGGCCUGUUGUGCGGGAAGAAGUAAGCCGGAGGGGAAGGCGCCCCAAAAGUGAGAUUGCUAAGGCAACAGCAGCUGCAGCUGCUGCCACUGCUGCAAGUGUAUCAGUUAACCCUCUGCUCACCAAUGGAUUGCUUCCGGGAGUGGAUCUGUCUAGUCUUCAGGCCUUACAACAAAACCUGCAAAACCUGCAGUCACUGCAAGUAACGGCAGGAUUGAUGGGAAUGCCAGCUGGCUUAACUACUGGAGGAGAAGCUAAGAACAUGGCUGCCAUGUUCCCCAUGCUGCUGUCAGGGAUGGCUGGAUUACCAAACUUGCUGGGCAUGGGAGGACUUCUGACAAAGUCUACAGAAUCUAUUUCAGAGGAUAAAAAGGGAAGUGAUUUGAAAGAGGCGGAUAUAAAGAAAGAAAGGACAGAAGACCAAAAUGCAGAUACUGGUGGUGAAAACUCUGUUUCAAGCUCUCCUUCAACAUCCUCUGCUGCUGCAGCUGCCAAUCCUCUCUCUCUUAACCCAUUACUUUUGUCCAACAUACUUUAUCCAGGGAUGCUUCUCACUCCAGGCCUUAAUCUUCAUAUCCCAGCUUUGUCUCAGUCUAAUAUUUUUGAUGUACAGAACAGUGAAAGUAAUGACACAGGCUCAGCCAAGCCUACGGAAGAAAAGGAGGAAAAUUCUCGGGUUAGAGAUCAGGAAGACAAAGGGGGAACAGAGCCAAGCUCUCACAAUGAAAACAGCACAGAUGAAGGUUCAGAGAAAGCAGAUGCUUCAUCUGGAUCUGAUAGUACAUCGUCUUCAUCUGAGGAUUCAGAUUCUAGUGAUGAAGACUGACCCCAGACUCUGCACUUAAAUUAUGAACUGAUUUUGAAUUUAUUCUUUAAUUAUUUCAUUGUAAAUAACCCAGUGUUGAGUGCAUCGAUGAUUUACUGACCGAACAUUUCAGUAUUUGUUUAGAAGUGCAAACUGCUUUCAGAGACGUUUUGCAUGUAAUAUUUCCUGAAGUUCAUAAGUUUCUGAACUUGUAUGUACUAUCAAAUACACAAUGGUGUAAAAUUACAACAAAAGGCAUUAUAAUUUUGUUGGGGGGUUAAUUUUAUGAAAAUAAUGCUCAAGAAAGAGCUGUAUAUUUAAUAUAUUUGCAGUGAACACAGAAUACUUUAUGCAUAUUAUUGAUUUAAUUUGAAUAUAGUUUUACAGCCUCCUUGACACUUAUAAUUUACAGAUCAAAACUCAGCAAUAAUUUGGGCAGCUAAUGAAUGUCAUGAAAGCUGUAGAAUCUACAUCACCAUCCAUUGCUUUAAUUACAUGAAAAUGCUCUAGUGUUGUGAUGCACUGCUGUUUCCAAUUCAGGUACAAGUGUGUUUAAAAGAAGAUAAAUUUUUCCCAAUCAGCCAAUUAAACUGGCUACCUGUUACCUCAGCUGAGUUAGUUUAGGAAGUUUACAUUGGUUUCUAUUACUUGUUUUCAGGUUUUGUUUUGUUUUCUAAAGACAUCUUGUAUAUCAUGUUAAAAUCUGAGUUGAGAUAGGACUGGUAGUGGGUUUUUUUUCCUCUCACUGUGACCUGUUCUCUUUGACAGCAGUAAGGGAAAAUCAAACCAAAAAUGGUCUUAUCUCAUGCUACUUGGCACCAUGUAGAUCUAUUUAGUUUACACCUUGCAAAGUUUUGGGCUCCCUCUGCAGAAUUAGAAGUCCCAAAAUGAGGAGUAGUUGCCCCAAGACUCAGAAGAGACAAACUGUCAUAAGUGCCACUGAAAAGACCUUUCAACACUGCAUACUUCAUGUAAAAAUUGUUUGUUUGCUUUGUUUGUGUAGAUUUCUAUUUGUGUUUUAUGUCAUAAAACCUCCUGGAGUUACCAGUUAAUAAUGGUAAAUUAAGUAUAGAUAGUUUUGAACUCCUUUUGAGUUUAAACUUCUCUGCAGAUUUAAAUCUGACUAAAUAUUAAAUAUUACCCCAAAUCAUUAUUGGGAUAUCACUUCAUAUGUUAUGCUGAGUUACCCACUAAAAAAAAAAGCACUUUGAAUAGUAAGGAAGACAAAUUAUUCCUAGAAACCACAGUAACAGGGCAUAAGGCAUCUGUUUAAGUCCAAAACCUUAGAACCCUUUACUAUAUAAAAUCUGUCUAAUAUUUGAUGUGUGAUCUGAUUCCUCCUUCUUUUUAAGCUGCUAUUACUGUGACACAGUAGAGGCCCAGAUUCACAUUUACAGAAGUUCUGAACUGACUGAGAUUUCAAUUGACCCUUGUUACAGCAUUUGCGAUCCAAGAAAAGGCAAGUGUUAAGAGAAAACAGAUACAGGUACUAGUAGGAGUCAUUGAAAAAGCUUUACAAAGGGAUAAAUUUAAAAAUAAAGGCAAAACUGUAUAUUUUGAUAUAGUUCUGUUGCUUGCUUGUACAGUAAAACAACUGUGUUGUUUUGUUUUUUUACCAAGAAGUUUACCAAUGAAAUAUAAGUUUGUACGUGCGAAAUAACCCCAUGAUUAGAAGCAGUGUUACAUGUAAUACACAAUUUUACAAGUACCAUUUGGAUUGUGCUGGUUACGUAUUUUCCCAAAUAGUAUUCUGAUUUUUGGCCCUUCAUGCAGUGUCUUAGCAAUAGUGAAAAUUCAAAACUGCCAAAAGAAGGGGGUAGCAAUUCUUCAUUGUGGGG